AUGAGCGCCAUCCAGAACGAUUCCACUCCAGAAGACGCCUCGCUGCAGGAUACGAGUGAUAAUGACGAGGAAAUUUUGUUGGAACCCAGGACGAGUGAACCGUUAGGUUUGCCAAUACCUCGGGAUGAACAUGCCUGUUCUGUGAGUCUUCCUUCGUGGUCCUCCGUGGUCGGCUAUGAAGAAGGCGAUGCAAGCAUCACAGCGGCCCUGAGAUGUGGAUACCCUCGAUUCAUGUACCAUCCAGUCAUUCUGCAACUGGCUUCUCAUGUGGUGAAGGAACAUUCCCCAAACGAAACAGAGGAUUGCUUGUUGCUGCCAAGCCAUGCGGCGGCAGUUCGAUGCCAAGCAUUUCUUCAAGAAGCAUUGGAAGGACAAUGCGACAAGGAUAAUGCCCUCUUGUGCACGACUAUGGAUCCUUCUGAUGCCACCACUGGCGAUGCCACUACAUGGAGUGACGACAAUCCGCAAGCAGUGUCCCGCAUUCGCAUUGUCGCCGUGGGUGGUAAUGCCAAUAUCCAUGCGGUCUUGUUCCCUGCCGAAACUCCCGCCGCGAUGCAAGCCAAGGCGUAUUGGCAGCAUACCGGAGAAAUUGUCAGCAGCCGAAGAGCUGAAGCAGCGCUGACAAAUCUCAAUAUUCCCGUGGAACGAACCGUUACCUGUGGUCCCAAGGCACCCUAUAUUUGGCAUCCAGCCGACUCUACCAGCAACGACAAUGAUGACACUUCAUUGCCAUUCACGCUGCUACGCCAACGUAUUGCCGAAUGGACCAAUCUUCAAUCCGAAGAAUCCGUGUUUUUGACACCCAGUGGCAUGGCCAGUAUCUACACGUGCUUGCGUUCGGCCCGUCGGUAUCAAAUGUUGCAUUCCAACGAAAAUAGCAGGAGUGAUGGUGGAAGAUCCAUUGUCUAUGGGUUUCCCUACCUCGACACUCUCAAGCUCGCUUCUCGCAAGGAAUUCUGUCCUGCUGGAGUCGACUUUUUUGGAUUUGGAAACGACAACGACUUGCAAUUGUUGGAACAAGUGUUGGAACAAAACAACAAUAACAACCACCAAUAUUGUGCUCUCUUUACCGAAGUACCGUCCAAUCCACUGCUGCAGUGUCCCGAUUUGUACGCCCUUCGACAGCUGGCGGAUCAGUAUGGUUUUGCCUUGAUUGUCGAUGACACCAUUGGCAACUUUCUCAAUCUGGACAUGAUCCACACCGGAAUUGCCGAUGCCGUGUGCACGUCCUUGACCAAGAUUGUGUCGGGGCGUGGGGAUGCCAUGGCCGGAUCGAUCGUCACCAAUCCCAAUACCGCCAAGGGGCGUUGGAUGCAACAAGAUUUGCAGCAAGAUGGCGGUUCUUCUUUGUUCGUGGCGGAUGCCAAUGCCAUUCUCGCCAACAGCCAGGAUUUUCGGGAUCGCAAUCUCAUCAUCAAUGAGAGUAGCGAAACUCUGGCAGAUUGGUUCAGGGAUCAUCCCGACGUGGAAACCGUAUACUACCCCAAGUAUGCACCGCUGUAUCCCUCACUGAUUGCCGAGUCGCCCAAUCCCAGGUAUUCUGGAUACGGCGGUUUGAUGAGUAUCUUGUUGGAAUCACACAUGUGUCAACGAACCUUUUACGAUGAGCUGAAUGUUGCCAAGGGACCCUCUCUUGGGACCAAUUUCACCCUGGUGUGUCCCUACACGUUGUUGGCUCACUAUCACGAACUAGACUUUGCCAUGAAUUACAACGUCCCACCCAAUCUGUUGCGUAUUUCGGUCGGAUUGGAGGAUCCCAGCGAAUUGAAGAACAAGUUUGAAGAUGCCUUUGCUAGGAGUCGCCUAUAUCCCAAGUUGUCGUCGCCAUCAUCCAAGACGAGUGGGCAACAGGUUCGCUCCUAUUCGACCAUGACAGACCUUGGUCAAGUCGGUGGCGCCACGAUGAACCGUUACGGGCUCCGAAACAGUUACUCGACAAUCAUGACCAUGAAAAGUUUGUUGAGGCGUGUACCUCGUUAG